CACACACACACACCUCUGCGGAUCGGAUCAACGCUUCCAACUCUUCAGCUGCAGUAAGAGUGGGAGGCAAGUGGACGCCAGAAGAAGCUGUACAGGAGCAGAGUGAACGCUGCAUGUGCGCCACGAUGGGGACGCCUGGAGGGGCGUUCUUUCUCCUCCUCGUGCUGAUCGCCGCAAGGAUUUCAGCCGUCCAGUUCCCGUGUGGAGGCACCACAUGUCCAGCAGGCAUGGACUGCAUCGAACGUGGUGGGAAGACUACCUGUGCCGACCCUUGUGACAGCUACACUGACCUGAGGGACGACUGGCGUUCCACACAAUUUAGUACCCAAUCAAGCAAGUGGAGAUGUGACAAGAGAGUUGAGUGGAAGGGCUGGUGUCGUCUGUUCCUGGAGGACAAGAGUGCACAUAUUCCUGAGACAUGUGGAGUAGAAAGCUAUAAGUGUGGAACCAGUGGACCAGUGACGAUGGUAGAACCUCAUCCCACACAGCUGGGUGAAAUUGUGAUUCGGGACGUGUGUCGUUGCUAUGGUGGAAAGUGCUACCCUAGCGACAGACACAGCAUCCAUGUCAAGCUGUGCUCCACAACAGUUUCCACCUACUACGUGUACAAACUGGUCAAGCCAAGCAUUUGCGAUCGGGCCUACUGUGCAGAACAGUUAGAAUUGGAUCCUCCACUCAUCAGUCUCCUCGAUUGUGGCGCUGACAAAAUCCAAGUGGGCGUGGAUUCAGCUAAGAUGAGACUAAUUGGUCGUGACCCACUCAUUGGCAACCUGAUUGACAGCACGUGUUCCCAGGCCAGGGAGAAAGAUGGUGUGGUGUGGUACGAAGUUGGUGCUCAGGAAGGUGCCUGUAGAAACACACUGAAGACCAACGGCACACAUGUCACCUACUCCAACACUUUAUUCAUCUACCCAGCAAACAGUUCUUCCGUUCUGCCAGCGAGUCUUCCUUUCUCAUGCGAGUAUCCCCUGAAGACAGACGCCAGACUGAAUGUGGUCAUCAGACCGACCGUGGUGACCGAUGAAGAGGUUGUCCAGCCCCGGGUCCCCGAUGAGCCACCAAGCCAAUCCGGAGCUGCAGAGGGGGUGCCACCACGCAGGGUGGACAAUGUCUUUGUUGGCUCGGGUGCCAAACUGGGAACCUCCAUGGUCCUGUUCAAGAACUCCUUCAAGAACUCCUUCGAUGCAAAGACUUACGCAGCAGGUACGGUGGUCCUUCCGGUGGGCUCAGCGUUAUAUGUGGGGGUCUCUGUGAGAGAUCCCCGCUUGGCGGUUGUUUUGGAGGACUGCUUCGCUUCUCACUCAUCAGACACAAAGAGUCCUGGCCAACAUCACCUCAUCCAAAACAAAAGCCCCACUAACCGCCAGCAAGUGUUUGUGGUUGAGAGCGGCGCAUCCCACCAGGCUCGUUUCUCCGCCCUGCUCUUCUUUCUUCAGGGAAAACACCAAGAUGUUUACCUCCACUGCAGCCUCAGCCUGUGUGACAGAAAGACCACCUCUUGCAGUCCCAAGUUGGAUCCGUCACUCAGUAACCUUAAUUGUGGCUCUGACAAAAUCCAAGUGGGUGUGGAUUUAGCUAGCACAAGACCCACUGGUUAUAGUGCUCUGACUGGCAACCUGGCAGACGGCAAGUGUUCCUGGACCAGGGACAAACAUGGUGUCGUGUGGUACGACGCUGACGCUCAGACGGGUGCCUGUGGAAACACACUGACGAUCAACAGCACACAUGUCAUCUACUCCAACGCCUUAUUCAUCUAUCCAGACAGCUGUACUUCCUUCUUUCUGCCCCUGGUUCUUCCUUUCUCAUGCGCGUAUCCCCUGGACACACCCACAAGACUGAAGGCACCCAUCAGACUGAACCUGCCGCCCAGCAAAGAGGUUGAUCGCAACCAGGUCCCUGAUGAUCCAUCAAGCCAAUCCGGAGCUGUGAAUGAGGACCCACCAAGCAGGAUGGAAGGUGUCUUUGUUGGCUCGGGUGCCAAACUGAAAGCCUCCAUGGUCCUGUUCAAGAAAUCAGACUAUGCAGAGCCUUAUGCGGCAGGCGCGGUGGUCCUUCCAGUGGGUUCACCAUUAUACGUGGAGGUCUCUGUGGACAAGAAAGAUCCCAGCUUGGCGGUUGUUUUGGAGGAAUGCUUCACUUCUUACUCAUCAGACCCUGACCAUCUUGAGCGAAACCUUCUCAUCCAAAACAAAUGUCCCACCGACCGCCAGCGAGUGUCUGUGGUUAUGAGCGGCUCAUCCCUCAAGGCUCGUUUCAUUACCUCGUUCAUCCUUGUUGGAGAAUCUGGAGAUGUUUACCUCCACUGCAGCCUCAGCCUGUGUGACAGCAUGACUUCUUCUUGCAUUCCGUCCUGCUCCGGCAGAGCCCGACGCCAUGUCUUCAAGUCUUCUCCACUAAAGCCACUAACCAUUGGACCAAUCACUUGGGAGAAAUCAUCUGAGUGACAUCCAUGGCAUUGGGCUGUUUGACAGAAACCUUUUUGAUAGUCUGACAUGUAUAAUCUCUCUUGAAAUGUCAGAAAAGUGUAAUUGAGAAAUCAACAUUUCAGGUCAUGUGUAAUCAACAGUGAUGUAUUCGUUUUCAAUGGCUGACUGAGGUGUUGGAGAUGUUCAGGGGUCUCCAACAGUUAGCUAGGGAGCUUAGCAGCUGAAGUGUUCAACGAUGCUUGUAUUUAAUGACAAACGACCCCUAAAUAGCAGCAGGCCUUUGAGCACACUGUAAAUAAAAUACAAUUGAGAUGUUUCACAGCUGAAAUACACGAUACAGAUGAACACUGAUUUAUUAGAAAAUGUGACUUGUGGAUUUUGUUCAUGUUCUGGCAAAACAAACUUACUUUAUUUGGGUUGAAAUAAACUAUGAUAAUGUGACAAAAGUUGAUGUAGGCCAAAAGGGUGGAGACCCUUGAUGAUUACAGUAUAUGGAUGCAUUUUAGUGAUUUUGAUUGCGUUCAACUGAUUUUUGUGGUAUAUAUUGAUUGUAUUCUGUUGAUGUUGAUUGUAUUUUUGUCUUACCACCUGCCCAGGGACUUCAGACGGAAAGCAGCUGCAUGCAGCUAGAUCUGGUGUAAUGCAUGUCUUUUUCUAAAAAGAUGAAUGUGUUCACGUCCCUGUUAAAUCAACAAAGUGAUUAUGAAGAAGCGUGACUAUACAGUUAAAUUAUGGAUUAUCAGUUAUGUUUCGAAAGUGUCAAUCUCUGAAAUAAAAUGA